AUGUCCUCAGUGUCCCGUCAAGCGCGCUCAGCCAACGCCGCGACGUCGGCGAAGGCCACACCGCUCCUGUCAGCCAAACACCUCCCCGAGGCGAUGUCGCUCACCAACACUCCUGGUAAGGUAUGCGGUGCAGACGUUAGCACCGCAGAAGACGCGGUCGGGCGCUCUUCUGCCUGCCGCAUCUCCCCUAUUUCGCCGUACCGUAUAUCCUCCGAAGCGUACACGUCGAGCCACCGCACCGGAAGUCGUCAGCUCAGCUCCUCGAGCGAGGCGCAGGUACGCGUCACGCCUGGAGUGGUGCAUGAGAUCGACAUCAUGAGCACCGCGCGGUACGGGAAGGACUUUCCGGCCGAGUUCGACACGCCGACGGCAAAGCUGAGAGUCCAGAAGCCUAGUGAACCGCUGGCGGUUACGCUGUUCGCGCCUCCCCCUGCCGUCCCGGAAAGGCCCGUCCUGCCAUCUCCACCACACGCAGCCAAGGAACCGCAGACACAAACGGCGCGUGCGUCGGGAGUCAAGUCCGACAGCAACGGGGCGCCGUCGGCCCUCUCGCCCUUCGAUCCCCUCGGCAAGGACUUUGCCAAACCGCCGUCGGACCUUUUGUCUCUGCGGACACCAAGUAUCCUCCCGCAAGAGAGCCACGCGCCUCCAAGCGAGCAAUCGUCUGCCACCCACCCGACGCGGGCCGGAGCACCGAAAGUGGCGCGGAAUCUCGACCAGAGAGACAUGAGCUCUGUCGCGCGCUCGAAUGCCCAUCUUUCGGUGCUGGCUGAUCUCGUGGACAAGAAGGUGUUCUCCGAGGAGGAUGUGUUGCUUGAGUUGGAGGCCGUCCGAAAGCGCUCCCUCCUCACCUCGGCACCCUUCAACAAGCGGCUGCUUCCAAUUCUCGCGUGGUACCUGCUCCGCGACAAGUUUGGCGACGAGGCGGCCACGCGGUAUGUGUCUCUCCUGACGUCCCCGGCGGGCGCCACACACCCCGACGGGGCGGUGAGCACGACGUCCACAAUAGCCUCUUUCCUGCCUCGCGUCAACGAGAUUCGGCGUGUGCGGCGGGAGGUAAAGGAAAGCAACCGAAAGAAACCCAAGCACCACUACGCUAUCAAUCCCCCAGCGUCCCCGACGGAAGCGGCGAAGCUGUCUGAUAUCGAAGGUGCACAUGGUAAACGCCGACAGCUGCGGCGGACAGCAGCCUUCGAUGCGCUAGAGGACGCCUCCGACAUCCCAACGACGGGUCUCCCUUCUCCGCAGUCCCGCAGCACGCUCAGCAGCACCGGCGUGCGCAACAGAUCUCCGCUGACGUACGGUCGGCUGCACGUGUACACCCGUGAGCACGCAAUCAUCGAUCGACGGGAUGCAAAGGCAGAGGACCGCCCCGUCGUGGAUGUUGUCAUGGAUGCCGCCAACCGCCAGGAUCGAGCGAAGAACGUCUUCGAAGUGGUCGAGGAGCAAGCAUCCUCAGUCGUGGAGGAGCCGUCCGUCUUCGAAGGCCCCGGGCACAAACCACCAAGGACAAAAAGCACCGCAAGCAAGUCGACGUCGAAGGAGCGUGUCCCUGCUCCACCCGCCUCGGCACACGCCGCUUGCGCUCUUGGGGAGGCAACGGCGCGCAGCUGUCACGGACUGCAGGUGCAUGGAAGUGAUGCCUGUGCGAUGCUUGACGUGACACCGAGCAUAGGUGUCUUCAGCGAGGUCAGGCGUGCCAAUGAGAGCGAGGAAGGCCUGAGCCUGUUCUACCGAGAGUGUGUCGGGGGGGCUGACCAAGAACGCAUCCCCUCUGUCUCGGCGUUUUGGAAAGCCAUCACCUCACCCGACACACCAGCUGCAAGAACUGCACCCAGUCGGCAAUGCCUGCCCGCUAGGCAUCCGCAGCAUGGACACGUUGACUUUAGUGGUGGCCCAGCGGACGUGAUGGGCGCGGUCACGCCGUGUGUGUCAAACAUCUUCGCCUUAACGGACUAUGGCGCAAGCGCUCAGUCGAGCGGGCUUGCUGGUGAGACGGUCGGUUCUUCAGACCUUUCAACGGUCGCGAAUAAUACCACGAGCGCUCGAAGCAGCGUAGAGUACUUGCACGGUCUGGGUGGCGACCAUGAGCGGUACGACGGCGAAGCUAGUGCAGUUCCCGAAGAGAACCCAGCAUCGCAGACACUUGCAAGCACCGUUGCGUACUCCGCCCUGAAUGACCCCCACGAGUCUCGCGUCGGCGCUGGGGACACGGAAAACACUACGGAUGCUGCUUACUGUCUGGCGACAUCUUUCCUGCUGCGUGAUGGGGGCGCGGCGGAAGCCGCCGACACGUCCAAGCAGCGGCUGUACGCCGGCCUGAGUAGCGCCGAGAACCCCACGAGUCGCACAGUGAUGGCUACGGAGUACUACUAUUCGACGCUGCCGAACGCCUCCACGGCAACGCACAGGCCAGAGUACUCCCAGCGAAGCCGCAGUGAGGUGUCGUGGGAAACCAGCAGCGCUACGAUGCCGAAUAUGACGGAGACAUUUCAGGAAGAAGGCGCUGCCGGAAAGGAGACUAGCUACGGCAGUCUCAUCAAGAGCCGCAUAGACACGGCGGCGAUGAGCAGCGCUGACAGCAUCAAGACCAGGGAAGACACGGACACCGGCUUGCAUACAGUCGCCGAGUACAGUGCGUUCGCUCACUCAGAAGCGUUGGCGAUGGGGCCCCGCGAUGCCAGCGGUGUGCAGUCCCCAACCAUCAGCACACACGGAACGCUCCGUCGUGACACGUCUGCAGCGGCUGCAGCGCCCUUCAGCAUGCUGAAGGCAUCCUCCGACACGACGGAUCGCACGGGGCAGAGCGCGCAUCGUGUUUGCGGCGCGGCGACCGUUUCAAAAAGUCGGUUUUUGGACAGUGGCGUUCACAGUUCGCGAAGCGGAGGGUGCAAGACAUCCUUCAGUGACCCCCCGGCAACGGAGAGCCCCCACGAUGGCACGCCGGCGCACAGCAUGUUUGAUAGCCGCACUGACACGUGCCUCUCUCCGCCCUCGACGACAAUCGACGGGUCCUCGUAUGCCCCAUCUGCUCCAAGCGGCGAAUCCGCCUUUGGAAGCCUCCUCCUUACCAACGCUAAAACUUCAACGAUGGAUGGUGGAGAUCAUCGGCAAGGGCACCCCAUUGAACCAUUCCACUCCAUCGCCGUCAGCGACGCAUCCGCCAACACAUACAGCGCACUACAACGCGACAACAGUGCCAACGCAGGCCACUGCUGUGCUUCUCGCAACACCUGUUGGGCUCAUGUUGCCGAGCACUCUGCGAAUGGCGGUGUACAGUUUGCCACUCCUCUUCGAGAUUCCGCAUCACCGCCUCCAGCCGCUGUCGCUACAGGCUCCCGCACCGCCUCGACCCAUCAACGCUUCUCUUCUGGUGCCGCUACAGGCAGGCGCAGCCUAUCAGAUGCACUGGCAGCUCACCUCGAAGACGCGUCCGUCAUGCACAAUCAGAGAACAGAUGAUGGCCACAGCGCGCAAAGUGCAGAUGCCCGCGACACUCAGUCGCCGAUCACCGCUAUCUCAGCCACUUCACCCCCCUCACGCGCCGGAACCCACCACGACAGCGUGCGGUCGCGCGGCGGGUACGGCAGCCUGAUGGAGGCCGACAGCGCUGUGACCCCAGACGCGAGUGCUGCAUCGCGGUCGAACGGCGGGUACAGCCUUGGCGGCCGCAGCGAGGCGAGCGUGCAGUCGCGCGGCGGGUACGGCAGCCUGAUGGAGGCCGACAGCGCUGUGACCCCAGACGCGAGUGCUGCAUCGCGGUCGAACGGCGGGUACAGCCUUGGCGGCCGCAGCGAGGCGAGCGUGCAGUCGCGCGGCGGGUACGGCAGCCUGAUGGAGGCCGACAGCGCUGUGACCCCAGACGCGAGCGCUGCAUCGCGGUCGAACGGCGGGUACAGCCUUGGCGGCCGCAGCGAGGCGAGCGUGCAGUCGCGCGGCGGGUACGGCAGCCUGAUGGAGGCCGACAGCGCUGUGACCCCAGACGCGAGUGCUGCAUCGCGGUCGGAUGGCGGGUACAGCCUUGCAGACGGUGGCCGUUGUCGCUGUCCAACCGAUCCUUCCGCGCUGAGUGCAAGCACAGAGCGCUCGUUGAAGGCACGCAAAAGCGGUGGCUGGACGAUGAACUGUUCGGAUGAGCAGGUCGGGGGCAGACUGGCGAAUCGCGGUUUCGGAGGGUGUGCGCCGGCUGCGCCGGAGAGCGUAUCCGUCGAAAGAAGGGCGUUCCGUGUGGAAUCUUCGAGGGGUGGCGAUGCAGUUGCAAGCCACACGACUGCUCUUCCUGUGUCGGAAGCGGUAGGAGACGGAUGCAGCAGUGGAUUGCAACCGCGUAGCCCGAUGGGGCCAGCGGUAAACCCUUCUCGGCUAACGCCAAGCACAAAAGAGGAAACGGCGGCCUCGACGUAUACGGCCUUUUCGGGGUGCGAAAGAGAGGGUGCAACGUUGAGCUCUAGUAUGGACCCUGACGAGUUGGCAGAUGCCCUCCAGCGCCUCGGCGAAAGGCACGUCUCCUGGUUGAAGGAAAACAACGCGUGUACGUUUGGGGAGCUCGGAUGCCAGUGUGCCACGGGCAAGUGCCAGGUGUGCACCACCGUGGCCACUCUGCCACCACCUCGUCGGCCACAGCCAGUGCCCCCAUCGGACGAAGAGUCACGCGCUCAGCGGUUCGAUCGCGUUGCGAUGAGAAGCGGCUCACCUGAGAAAGCACCAGGCUGCGAGUCGCCAAAUCCACCUCCUCCUGCGGCGGUACCUGUGGAGGAGAAGAGCUGGAAUACCGCUGUGCCGCUGCAGAGUCUCCAGCGCAAGAACCGCGUCUCUAGUGCGGGAGUAUCUUCACGAAGCAACGCGACGCUGGUGCGUGUCGGCGCGGGUUUCAACCUCCGCACUUCUCCAUCCCCGGCACGAGGCGCCGAAGAGGUGUCGACUCGGCAAGCCACUCAGCAGGUGAGUAUCAUAUCAGAACUUGACGCUGUCACCGCUGCCCCAACCAAGUCAACGCCCCCAGGUCGUUGCAAGGACAGCGAUGCGAGCCGUACUGAAUCGUUCUUGGAAGGGGACGGGCUUAGGAGCCAAGUGACCAUCCUGACGUGUCCUCGCAGCAGCACCGAUCUCACCGUGCACAACAUGCCAGAUGCCGCCAUUGAACGUGCUGACGCCAGCAUCCAACAGCUUCGCGAGCAUCAACGCACCGGCUUUAACUUCAGCGGUUACAGCCACGCAGACUGUCUGAUGAUGACUCCCGUCUCCAUACUGCAGAGCUCGCCGGGGAGCAGUCGCAUCCACGAUCCCAAGACAGUGGGAGUUUCGACACGACCACAGGCCGCUGCGGUGGCGCCAUCUGCGGUAAGCGUUCCCGGUGACCGGACAGCUUAUGGAGCGUUGACGGCGGGUGACAGCGCCGUGACGCGCUCUGUCAUCCCCUUUCCUCUGCCGCCUGAGGCGAGUGUUGUGAACCCGACGGUCUGCGCACUCGGUGACGAGUUGCUGCGGACGCCUCACAACAUGACCACUGUCCUUCUUGGUGGUGACAGGCAGUCCGGUCGCUUCUCCAUCACGCAGGCAGCGCGAGAGGAGGCGUCCGGCUCGGACGACGCCGAAGCGGUGCACGAGGCAGAGUUCACCCGUGAGGUGGACGCGAAGCACAGAAACCUCGCCACGCUUCUCUGCCACUCGCGCCUGGACGCGAGUGGCGUGACGACCGCCCACUCCCACGUGCUGGAAUCUUCUGCUGCUGCCACCAGGACGAGAUUGGUGAACGGGGAUCGCUCGAGAAGUGUCGGCGUGUUACUCAGCGAACAAACGGAGAUGGACGCCUCCGGCGUCGACAAGACGCGCGUGGACAGCAACGGCGAAUCGAGGGAAACUGCACCGCCUGCGGGUAGCGACGUGGAUGAGAGCUGGAUCUCGGUGGAUCCCUCCACCACGCAGAACACGCAGCUAGCAGUGAGCGUGCCAGGACGUCGUUUCGUUCACUGUCCUCCUAUGCACCCAUACAACGGCGUCCGCGCCGAUCACGACUCUCCAGAGCAGCGAGAGCAGCAUCAGGGACGCCGCACAAUCCUCGACGUCCCAGGCGUCCCGUACGUCGAUUCACCGGACAUCUCUACGAGCAUCGACAAGGAAGCACGGCAGAAGGAAAAAGAUCGCCAGCUGUUUGCCAUGCGUUGGGCGGAGCGUGGAUUGAUGUGGCAGCGGCAAGAGAACGAAGCACAACGGUAUGAGGAGUCCCAAGCCCACUUUGGUGCGGGAAAGGAACAGCCUAGAGGCCCUCGAUUAAUGAUCAUGAAACCAGGUCGACAGGGCGCAGUUGCCCUGCCACGGCCUCGCCUGCCGAACGUCCCGAGGCCACCCAUGCCCAUGCAUCCGCGGUCCCCUGGCUACCCCCCGCGGCGGCGGCACAGCUAA